UGUAGGAGUUUGUUUCUGUCUGUGUCUUCCAUUGCAGAUUAAGCUUACUGAGGAUUCGAAGCUAAGGAAGAUCACUGGACUGGCUGCUGCCUUAGAGACCAAAGUCCCAUCUUUGAGGUCAGUUCCUGCCAUUGCUUUCCGAGUGUGCUUUACUUUCGUUCUAUGAUAAAGUUCGAAAAACCGCAUCACAUUCUACAUUUUUUCUGUAACUAUAACGACGAAAACAAUUACUCGAGAUGCUUUGGGUUGUGGUCAAAUCGGUCUGUGUCCUCAAAUAUCUUGGCUUGCUUGAGGAUAGACUGCCUGUGAUUGUUCGGCUUUGAACGCGCUUGGUUUCGGGACCAAUUCUUUGCAACACAUGGUCUAGGAAGCUGGUUUCGAGAGAGUAUAUAUCUGUAUAAGAUAAUGUUGUUGCAGGAAUUAUUUGAUUCGAACCGACUCAGACAAGAGCCGGGCGGAAUUCAUUCAUCAUGAAAUAAGGAGAAGGAAGGCCCCUUAAGAGCGAAAAUGAACGAGUUCGUCCCCGAGAGGUCGAGGUCCUGGAGUGUGUACGCGGCUGCAAACUCUAACCCGUCCCAGACGGGUUUCGAGACGGAAGAACCGUGGAAGAGCUUCGGAGCUUCCAUCAAUGCAAUUUCUUUCGGUUUUGUUGCUACAGCGAUAUUGAUAUCGAUGUUCCUCAUCAUGGCCAUCUUCGAGCACCUCUUUAGGCCGGUCCCAUCUAUUCCUUCACAGGAAGGCGUGACGACUGAGAUCUCUCUUGAAGCUGGGUUGUCGCAUAAGGCCGUGGAUCAAGACCCGGUGCCAAUGUCCUAUGCUUCGGACUUCUCAGUUGUGAUGCCGGGGCAGAACUACCCGACGUACAUUGCCCAACCCGCCCCUCUCCCCUGCCAAAGAGAAGGGAUCCGUUGGCCUUCUCAUGAACAUAGUACUCUUGCUUUCUCCUAGCAAUUCACCACUGGCCCUUAUCAGUGGAUAUUUGUUUAUACUCAUUGUUAUUGACAGGAAACUCAAACCAACACAUAACUCAAAAGCUAUUUUGAUCGAGUGGAGGUUAUAUUGUAUAUGUUGGAAGCCAAAUUCGAGACUCACGGUAUCAUUAUCGAUAGACGUACAUCUAUUUCGGUCUCCUUUUAGAGGUGAAUCUAUCUUCCCAUUUUAUGGUUA